AGUGGGGUGAGGAGCUGAUCAAAGUGUCGGUUUAUGAUUUAUAUAUCACAAUGCAUGUGUGGGAAUGCAACCCUACACCUCCCUGGUGCUCCUCGGCAAUGUGAGCUCCACCCUCGUUCCUCCAGGCCAGGGGAGGGCAGGGACUGUGCAGGGGCGGGUGUCACCGGCUCGGCCGCCUGGCUGCAUGUGAGUGGUGAAGGGGGCGGUUAACAUGUAGAGUGAAACUAUGAGGCCCCGGCACUGACGCUCACAUCAUCUAGGUGUGGCCUCGCAAGCCUCCUCAGUGUGAUCCAGGCACUGACAAAAGUGGCCCAGCCAGUUCUUUUUCACAGAGCAUAAGAGGGUGAAGAGUGAAGCGCUCAGGGAGACGGACUGGAGACAUGGCAGACACAGCAGCUCCCAUCUGCCCAGGUGUGCUCGGUGGAACCCAGCCGGCGGCGUGCGGUCACGCAGGUGAAGGACGUCCCGAGUGUCCGCAGAGUCCUGACAAGCCUCAACCCGCUGAAGGUCUGGAACGGAACGGAACAGAGGGAGCCGAAGCUCCGGCGACGAACGGCAAAGAGGAGCCAACGCAGGACGCCAAGACGGCGGAGGAGGUGAAAAUCCAAGAGGACCUGAAGGAGUCUGAGGACCCCAGGAAGCCGGAGCAGGAGGAGCAGGAGGACGAGGAGGAGAGGAAGGAAGCGCCGUCUGACGUGGAGGAGGUGAAGGAAGAGGAGGCCAAGGAGGAACCUCUGGGCCCCGACGAUGUGGUGUGCGACUCGUGCAUCGAGAGCCCCUGCAGGGCCCUCAAGUCCUGCCUCACCUGCCUGGUGUCGUACUGCGAGGCCCACCUCCGGCCCCACCUGGAGAACCCCAAGUUCCAGAACCACCGGCUGGUGGAGCCGCUCAGGGACAUCGAGCGGAGGACCUGCGAGAGCCACAAGUGGCCCCUGGAGGUCUUCUGCUGCGCCGACGCCUGCUGCAUCUGCCAGGACUGUGUGACGGAGGAGCACUCGGGCCACAACACGCUCCCUGUGGUGGAGGCUCGCCAGCAGAUAGAGAAGGAACUGAGGGAGAAGCAGAGUGAGAUGGUGAAGACGGUGACGGCAGCAGAGAACGCCAUCAACAAACUGCAACUGAACACAGUCUCCAUAGAGCAAUCGGUGACGGAGGUGCGAGCCGUGAUCGAGAGCCAGUUCGAGGAGCUGCAGGCGGUGGUGGAGAGGGCGAAGAGGGAGGUGACGGAGAUCCUGGAGGGCGAGGAGAGGCAGGCGCUGAGGCAGGCCGAGGGCAUCCGGGUGCACCUGGAGCAGAGGUGCGCCGAGCUGAAGAAGACUCAGGCGCAGGUGGAGAAACUGUCCAGGAACAAGAACGACGUGGAUUUCCUACAGGAGUAUUCCCAGUGGAAGAAAGAGGCCGCCGACAUCUCCCUGCCCGGCGUCUACAUCGGCCUGAUGGACCGUCUGAACUCCGUCAGCCGCGUGAUCAUGGACUCCACGCAGGAGCUCUGCGCCCUGCUCGUGUCCUCGUACAUAGAGAAGGUCAGAGAGACCUGCAACAACGACAAAAUGGGAAUAAAAACAACGGUCCACGCGAUAGUCGCAGCCAAAGAGAACUUGUCGAUACCAGAUCCGCAGACGCACGCCGACUUCCUCAAGUACUCGGCCCAGGUGAGCUUCGACGCCAACACCGCCCACAAGUUCCUGCGGCUGACGGAGGAGAACCGGAAGGUGACGAACACCACGCCCUGGCAGCAUCCUUACCCCGACCUGCCCGAGCGCUUCGAGAACUGGCGGCAGGUUCUGGCCACGGAGAGCUUCUACAUGGGCCGGCACUACUUCGAGGCGGACAUCAGCGGCGAGGGCACGCACGUGGGCCUCACCUACAAGAGCGUCGACCGCAAGGGCGCCGAGAGCAACAGCUGCAUCACGGGCAACAACUUCUCCUGGUGCCUGCAGUGGAACGGACGCUCCUUCUCCGCCUGGCACAGCGGCGUGGAGACGCCCCUCGGCGUGGAGAAGUUCGACCGCGUCGGCGUGUACAUGGACUACACGCGAGGCCUGCUGGCCUUCUACGGCGUGGGGGACGCCAUGACGCUCAUCCACCAGUACGAGGCCGAGUUCCUGGAGCCCCUCUACCCGGCGUUCUGGCUGUCCAAGAAGGAGAACAUCGUGGCCCUGGUGGCGCCGGGGGAACCGCUGCGGCUGAAGAGCCCGUCUCCUCCCACGUCGCCCACAAACGGAGCCGUCGUCUCAUUAACUGCAGCAAAAGCAGCGAGUUAGAAAUCUGCUCAGUGAUUCAAGUGACAGUUCAACAAUAUGAGAAAACGUGUUUUUUUAUAACAUGCAAAUAUGGAAAGUGUUGCCUAACUCACUUUGUUUACAGUAGAGGAUUUCUGUGUUUUAUCUCAUGUACAUUCGGGCUCAUGUCGUUGCUGUUACUGUUACUGUUCAUCACACUGUGAAUUCACAAAUGUCCCUUAUUUUCUGUACGCAAAUAAAAACUUUAUAAAUUUCCUAAGAAACAAACAA